AUGACAGUGGUUGGCUUCAUCAAGAAUAAGUUCUGCAUGAAGAAUAUCGAAAUAUGUAUUAUGUGGAAGUACAUGUAUGACUUAUACAGCUUCCUGACUCCAGGAGCAUUUUUCUGUGUCUCCUUAGGUACCUUCAACCGAAGGAAACGGAAUUCCCUUUAUGUCACCGUGACGCUGCUCAUCGUGUCAGUGUUGAUCUUGACUGUGGGUCUGGCUGCCACCACCAGGACCCAGAAUGUCACUGUUGGAGGGUACUACCCUGGAGUUAUCCUUGGAUUUGGAUCAUUUCUCGGAAUCAUCGGCUCAAACUUAAUUGAAAAUAAAAGGCAAAUGUUGGUAGCCUCCAUUGUCUUCAUCAGUUUUGGUGUGAUUGCUGCUUUCUGCUGUGCUAUUGUGGAUGGCGUGUUUGCAGCCCGGCAUAUCGAUCUGAAACCUCUUUAUGCAAACCGUUGUCACUACUAUUCCAAGACAUCCCAGAAGGAGGCUGAGGAGGUGAUCUGCCUCCCUGCAAACCAAGGCUAUUGUAAAUCCCGAAUUCGAGGCAAUACUUGCUUCUGCUGUGACCUCUACAACUGUGGCAACUCCCCCAGCACUAUUCCUGGAAAGAAGUCCAAGAAGAAAAAUGUCGGGAGAAAAACAACCAGCCGAGUGGAGAUCACUGGAGGUUACUAUGAAUACAUUGAUGUUAGCAGUUGCCAGGAUAUCAUUCAUCUGUAUCACUUGCUCUGGUCAGCCACCAUUUUGAAUAUUGUGGGACUAUUCUUGGGAAUCAUCACUGCAGCCAUCCUUGGAAGCUUUAAAGAUAUGACUCCAAACAUUCAACCUAUGGACUUAUCAGUGGAGAGUGCACAUCCAACAGUUUCCUAUUACUCACGUCCAGAAAUACCUGCGUACAAUGCCUACUACCAUACUUCGCCUGAUCUACCACCAUAUUCACCUUACGAUUUCCAGCAUCCCAGUGUCUUUCCGGGCUCGAAUCCACCUGCUGUUUCUGAGGAGCCCCAAUCCAACUCUCCUUCUCCGAGCUACAUGUGGUCCUCCAGUGAGCCACCACAGUACUCCCCACCGUAUUACUCGCCUUUUGAGAAGCCACCUCCAUAUAGCCCAUGA